CAUUGCAUCUUUUUCUUUUUUCUUCUUCUUUCCCUAUCCAUUCAUUCCAGCACACGAUCCUGCAUUUUUGUAUAUACACUUCAUCGCACUCCCCUCAUCCCAACAUAGACCUUUACCCCUUCAUUUUCAUUCUCUCUAGCAUCUCGCCACCACAUCCUAAGUACGAACACAUACAUUCAAGCCUUUUCUUUUCUUAGAACAUUUAUCUCUCAAUGCCUCCAGCUGCCACUGCCGUCCUUCCUGUCCAGGAGCCUAGCUCGAAUCAACCACACAGCGCUGAUGCGGCCGCACUCAAGGACCGCCUUGCAAGAUGGAAGACCAGACUUGAUGCCCUGACAGAGAUCCAUCUGCCGACAGAUUACCCCCGCCCGAUUCCUUUGCAGGUCGUCGAGGCCGUACACUCGCUCCAGCUGCCUGAGCAGACCUCGCUUGCGCUGCUGCAGGCCAGCAUGGCGAUCAACCGUCCCGCAGGACCUGCCACCUCUGCAGCACCCUCGGCUGCACAGUCAACUGCAGCCAGUCGAUCAGUAUCAGGAUCACAUUCGCCCACGUCGUCCGCGGCCUCUUCACAUGCCUCGCCCUUCACGAUCUUGCUCGCAGCAUUCGCAAUUCUGUUGCACCGGUAUACUGGCGACGAGGACAUGUCGAUUGGAUCGUCUUCAGAGGCACGCAACCCGGUUGUUCUCCGUUUGGGCGUUACACCCAGCCAGACCUUCCGCGAGGUCGUUGAGCAGACUCAGCUUGCCGAAAGGGAUGCUGCGAAUGACGAGGUGCCCUUUGCCGCCCUGUUGGCCCAUCUUUUCCCCAACGCCGGCAACACCGAGACCCAGACUCAGCAAACCACGCCCUCGCUUUUCCGCGUCCGCUUCUUCAACGAACUUGACACACCCUCGGAUCAGGUCCUCAACUCAACCUCGGCCACCACCGAUCUGACCAUCACCCUCAUCUCCCAUGCAAGCUCCUCUCUCCGCUUCGGUCUCCUCCCCGAGAUUGAACUCAAGGUCUCGUACAACCAGGUUCUCUUCUCCAUGAGGCGUAUCCAGCACAUCUUGGAUCAGCUGGUCCAGGUCCUCAACAUCGCUGGCCCUAAUCCCGACAUCUUGGUCAGCGAUAUCGGAAUCGUUACCCCAACCUGCCGCGAUGUCUUGCCUGACCCAUCCGCGGAUCUGCAUUGGUCCAAUUGGCCAGGUGCAAUUCACGACAUCUUUGCCAGGAAUGCGAAGCAGUUCCCAGAGAGGGAGUGUGUCUUUGAGAGCAGAGACAUUUUGAGCGAAGACGGUUCGGGUCGCGUGGUCGGUCAGCAGAAACACAUUUACACGUUUGGCCAGCUCCAUCUGGCCUCCAACUUGGUUGCCCAUGCUCUCGUCAAGGGCGGUAUUCAGCCCCAGGAUGUGGUCAUGGUCUAUGCCUACCGCGGCGUCGAUCUUGUCAUUGCAGUCAUGGCCGUCCUCAAGGCCGGCGCAACCUUCAGUGUCAUUGAUCCUGCAUACCCUCCCACUCGCCAAAAGAUUUAUCUUUCGGUCGCACGUCCUCGCGGCUUAAUUGUUCUCGCCCAUGCAGGAACCCUGGAUCCGAUUGUUCGCGACUACAUCGAGGAAGGACAGGAUUUCCAAGUCGCCUGCGAGAUCCCUGGACUCCAGAUCACCGGCAAUGGCGGUGUUCUUGGAGGUCAGACUAGUCAAGGCAUCGAUGCCCUCGAUGCAGUCAAAGACUUGGCUGCUCAGGACGUUGGAGUUGUUGUUGGCCCUGACAGCAUCGGUACCCUCAGCUUCACCAGCGGAAGUACUGGAAUUCCUAAGGGUGUCCGCGGUCGCCACUUCUCCUUGACGCACUAUUACACAUGGAUGCAGCAAGAAUUCGGUCUGAGUGAUCAGGACCGCUUUACAAUGCUCUCUGGCAUCGCGCACGACCCCAUCCAACGUGAUAUCUUCACCCCCCUGUUUUUGGGUGCUCAGCUGCACAUCCCUACCACGGAGGACAUCGGUAUUCCAGGCCAGCUGGCUGUCUGGAUGCAGAACAGUGCUGUGACAGUUACCCAUUUGACCCCAGCUAUGGGUCAGCUUUUGACCUCACAUGCCCAGAACCCGGUCCCCUCGCUCAAGAACGCCUUCUUUGUUGGUGAUAUUCUGACCAAGCGCGAUGUCCAUCGCCUGCAAAAGAUUGCCGCCAACUGCAGGACCAUCAACAUGUAUGGAACCACGGAAACCCAGCGCGCUGUCUCGUACUAUUCGAUUCCUGCGACUGCCAUCGAACCCCUGUUCUUGAGCUCUGAGAAGGACGUUAUGCCUGCCGGUCGUGGUAUGCUCAACGUGCAGCUGUUGGUCAUCAACCGUGUCAGCCAACGUCUCUGUGGUGUUGGCGAGGUCGGAGAGAUCUAUGUCCGCGCAGGAGGUCUGGCUGAGGGCUAUCUGCGAUUGGAGGAGGCCACUCAGGAGAAGUUCUUGACCAACUGGCUUGGUGAGAGCUUGGCUGCCCCAGGUCCUGAAGAGACGAAUGGCAAGCCCGAGUGGAAUGGCCACUGGAAGGGCCGUCGAGACCGUCUCUACCGCACUGGCGAUCUGGGUCGUUACCGUCCUGAUGGAAACGUCGAGUGCUCUGGUCGUGCUGAUGACCAGGUCAAGAUUCGCGGAUUCCGUAUUGAGUUGGGCGAGAUUGACACGCACCUGUCACAGCACCCCUUGGUGCGCGAAAAUGUGACGCUGGUCCGUCGUGACAAGAACGAGGAGCAGACAUUGGUCAGCUACUUCAUUCCUGUGGCACCCAGCGAGGACGAGAUCUUUAUGAGCAGCGCGGAUGAGGGCUCGAAUAAUGAUGGUUCGGAGAACAAGCGACGAUACCGCCGACUCAUUCGCGAUAUCCGCGAGUGGCUCAAGGUCAAGCUCCCUGCAUAUAGUGUUCCCAGCGUGUUUGUGCCCCUCUCGAGAAUGCCUUUGACCCCCAACGGAAAGGUUGAUAAGAACGCAUUGCCAUUCCCUGACACCCCUCAGUUCAACAACAACGUGACGCCUGCAGCUACAUCUGGUGCUGCUGCCGAGUCUGCUCCCUCGAAUGGACCAACCAUGACCCCUACUCAGGUUGCGAUCCACAGCAUCUGGAAGCAGCUCCUGCCAUCGAGUCCUACUUGGAUCCCUCUGAACGAGAACUUUUUCGAUCUUGGUGGUCACUCCAUUUUGGCGACACGAUUGAUCUUCGAGGUGCGUCGCGUUUGCUGCGUGGAUGUGCCUCUCAACUUGGUUUUCCGCGAGCCGACGAUUGGUGGCAUGGCCAAGGAGGUCGAUCGUGUGAGCAUGGAUUCUCUUCAGCUGGAUGUCGACAAGCCUGACGAGGAAGGCAACCAGGUCGAGGAGGAGGAGAAGGAGUACGACUACAGCGGCGACUUCGAAGCCCUGAGCAAGACCGAGAUCCAGGCAGAGUAUCCUCGAGUCGUGCGCCAGGAUGCCGUCGAUCACCAGACGUUCUUCCUGACUGGUGCCACUGGAUUCUUGGGAGCGUUUAUUCUGCGCAAUUUGCUUGCUGAUAACCCGACUGCACAUGUGAUUUGCUUGGUUCGUGCCUCGUCCGAGGACAAAGCUAUGGACCGUGUCCGAGCCUGUGGAGAGACGCACCUGAUCUGGAACGAAGAAUGGGUGACCUCGGGCCGUCUGACUGUGGUGAUGGGAGAUUUGGGCCUUGAUCACUUUGGAUUAAGCAGCGAGGUCUGGGAGAAGUGCUGUCGCCAAGUGGAUGUGAUUGUCCACAACGGAGCCCUUGUUCACUGGGUGUACCCUUACCCCAAGUUGAGAGCGGCCAAUGUUCUGGGCACACUGCAGGGACUCAAGAUGGCAAGCACUUACCAUACCAAGUCGUUCCACUUUGUUUCGUCAACCUCGGCUCUGGACACGGCGCACUAUGUUGAGCUCUCGGAUGCGCUUGCGGACAGCAACCGUCGUGGUGUCCCAGAGACGGAUGAUCUGGAGGGAGCUCGAUUCGGUCUUCGCAGCGGAUACGGACAGUCAAAGUGGGUGGCCGAGAAGCUGAUCAUGACGGCGAACGCGAACGGGUUGCCUGCGACUAUUAUCCGCCCUGGUUAUGUGCUGGGCCACACUCGUACUGGAGUAACGAACACGGACGAUUUCAUCUGGCGUUUGAUCAAGGGAUGCAUCGAGCUCGGAUCGGUGCCGAACAUGAACAACGCUGUGAACUUGUGCCCUGUGGAUUAUGUUGCACAGUGUGUGACCUCUGUGGCGACGACGCCUGGAUCGGAGGAGCCGAUGGUGUACCAUGUUACGCAUCCUAUCGCACCACCGUUUAGGUUCAACGAUUUCUUCCAGCAGCUGGUGAAGUUUGGAUACGAGGUGCAGACGACAGAGUACAUUGCGUGGAGAACAGCGUUGAUGGACUAUACCCUCAAGAGCCAGGACAGUGCAUUGUACCCGUUGUUGCACUUGGUGAUGGAUGAUCUGCCGACGGCGACCAAAUCUCCAGAGUUGGACGAUGCGCACACGCAGAAGGUGGUUGUGCAAGGUACGAGGAAUGGUGGGUUCGAUGCGACGCCAAGGAUGGAUUCUGAACAGAUCGGUGUUUACUUGGCAUAUUUGGUCAAGGUCGGGUUCUUGGACCGACCUACACGGUCGGGUGAGGGGGUGUUGACGCUGCCGGAGAUCAAGGAGGAUGUCCGCAUUAUUGAGCGGAGCAGAGGUUAA